GUCAGAUUGCCCGUGAUGUGGAUGGUUCAGGAAACUACUUCAUGUUGACCAACAGACACAUGGCUCAGGUCCACCCUGCCUCCAGCUAUGGGGCCAAGGCACAUCAAUUGGGUUUUCCAGAGUGGGUGCUGUUCCAUGAGUAUACUCUCUCGGGAAACCACGGUAUCCGGACAGUCUCUGAAAUCUCCCCUGCAGUGUUCAUCCAGACGGCUCCUCAGUAUUUCUAUUACAACCUGCCUCCUAGUGAGAGUAAAGACCUACUACAGCACAUUCUGGACCGGGACGGAUCUGGACGCAAAGACAAGCAACAGACCCUGACAAUCAACAGUGAAGCCGCUCAGUCUUAUGACAGAUGUGUGCUACAGUGACCUCUGGUGGAGAACUUCAGCACUGCACCGACUUUUACUGAAAAGACAAUCAUCGUUGAUGAGAACAGCGCUCCUCGGGGAAGUCCCCAGACUUUUCACAAUGUUGUUGUAGCCCUGAACUAAUGUCACCUGAUUGACUCAGUGAUUAGAUGAAUCAGGUGUGAGCUGUGGAAUAGUUCACAUAUGGAACAGCUGGGGGGGGGGUCAGGUGGGGGUCCCACCGAGGAAAGUUUUGAAAACCCCUGGGUUAGAUCAACUUCCAAAUGACUGACUUUCCGUACACCAUUGUUCAUUUCUUUAAUUCAGUCAGGCGGUAACUGCCUUGGUAAUGUGAUAUUACAGGAAAUAAUUAAUUUGCCUAUAUUCUAAUAAGAGUAUCACCCCAAUAAAUGAAUCCAGAUCACCAAAUCAAGUUUGAACGUCUGAUAUUCCUUCACAGAAAAAUACACCAUUUUCAGUUUUUGGGGGGAAUUUGCCACUUGCUCGAUAACCCUAAUAUUGUGUAAGAAAUUGUUGGUACUGAAAUGUUAAAACAAUCACUAUGUUUUUUUUUUUUUUACAUGAAUCUGUAAAUACAGUGCUUUGAACUACGACCGAAGGUCUGAAAUUAUUUAUUUUGUCAAAAGAUACAUUAAAAAAUAAAAUAAAAAAAAA